AAGAAAGCACAAGGGAAGAACUUGAAACAAUCCCUACUGUCUCUAGCUUGGAAGAGAACAACAUGUUCAGCAUCAGAUCAAGCAGCAGCUCCAUUUCAAGAGCCUUGCUCGCUCGAAGCUUCGUCAUGAGGGAGUUCUGCGCCCAAAGAAAAGAAAGCAAAUUAGAAGGCAAGGUAGCAUUGAUCACGGGAGCGGCACGUGGCAUUGGCAAAGAGACCGCCACAAAAUUCAUCACCAAUGGUGCCAAAGUGGUGAUCGCCGACAUACGCAGAGAUGUCGGGCAAGAAACCGCUAGACAACUGGGAGCAAACGCCAGUUUCGUGGCAUGCGACGUCUCCCAAGAAUCAGACGUCUCAAACGCAGUGGAUUACACUGUGUCCACUCACGGUCAACUCGAUAUCAUGUACAACAAUGCCGGCAUCGCAUGUCGUACUCCACCAAGCGUAGUGGACCUUGACCUUGCAGCCUUCGACAAAGUCGUUUCCAUCAAUGUCCGGGGCGCUGUUGCAGGGAUCAAGCACGCAUCACGGGUCAUGAUUCCUCGACAAGCUGGGUGCAUCUUGUGCACGGCCAGCGUUACCGGCAUGAUGGGUGGGUUGGCACAGCAUACCUACUCCAUAACUAAAUCCAGUGUGAUAGGGAUGGUCAAGUCGGUUGCAGCAGAGCUAUGCAAGCAUGGAAUCAGAGUCAACUGUAUAUCGCCAUUUGCCAUUCCGACGGCCUUUGCACUGGAAGAAAUGCAGGACUACUUUCCCGGUUUGGAUGCUGGGGCGCUCGCGGACAUGGUCCACAAUGCGGGAGUGCUCAAGGGAGCUAAUUGCGAACCCAGCGAUGUCGCCAAUGCUGCACUUUACCUUGCAUCCGACGAUGCAAAAUACAUUAGCGGCCAUAAUCUGGUGGUGGAUGGGGGUUUUACGUCGAUCAAAAGCUUAAACUUUGCCGGUACCUGAUCAAGGGUCGCGAAGAGUUUUGGCAUACUGCCAUAUUCUGCCAAUUGAAGGCUCUAUAAUACUACCAACAUUUCUGUUCGUCACAAUGGUUGGCUUUCUUUUCCUUUCCUUUAAAGCCCGUCUUAGUGCAUCGAAGCCUGUUUGGUUGGACCAUUAGAAUUGGUAUACG